AGCGUGGCAUUUUAGGAGCGGUAAUAUAUUAUAUCUCGUGGAAAUUCCUCAACAAUUGAUCUACUUAACUCUUAUUCUUAAAGUCCUGUGUUGUUAAGAGAUUCAUUCUGAACAAAAAUGUGGACUCCUACUGAGAAUUUUCUUCGUGGUAAGAUUAUCAAACCAUUUCUUCCAUAUGAAAAACAUCCAAACUUACAUAAUGAAAGUUUGAAAAAUUUGUACCCUGGUGACGACGUGUUCGUUUUCGAAACUAAGGAUGAUCGUUGGGCUCGUGGGUAUGCUCUUUCUAAGCCAUUCCCAAAUGAUUUCACCAUCACCUCUGUCAAUUUGGACGAACUUCCAGGCUUAGACGUGAAGGUUGUUGUCUUCCCAUUGAAGUACGUCUACAUUGUCGAAGAAGUCCCAAUCACCGUUAUCGAAGUCAACAAGGACUUCAACAACAUUGUCAAUGAUGGUGAAUUGGUUCCAACUAUUCAAGACUCGGAAGUUGCCCACAGACAAGCUGUUGGAACUUUGGAACCUAACUUUGAGAACAAUAAGAAAUCUAUUCCUCCUCUCCCAACCACCACUUUCCACGAUGGUGAUUUGUUAGGCGAAAUUAAGCAUGCAAUUAACUUGCUUUCUUCCCAUAUCUUUGCUCUUUAUUCCAUUGGUGAAUUCCGUUUGUUCAACAAGUUGUCGGAAAUUUACUACGGUUUGGAUGAGACUAGAAUCAAGUUGUCUAACAACUUGUUGACUGUCAACGAAUCUCAAGUUGCCAAGGAAACCGCAACUUUCUUGUUAGCCAAGGUUAGUAAAAAAUUGGCUUCUAGAGCUGCCAGAUUGAAUGCAACCUCUUACGAUUUAGAUAACCAAAACACUGACAUUUCAGGUUACAAGGCUAUCUUGUCCAGAGAUGCAUUCUCCGGUAACUUAUUGUCCAACAAUAACGCUCUCCCACCUCGGAUUGCCUUGAACCAAGUUCUUUGUGCAUUGGCUCCACUUUUCCCAAUCAAUUCUCACCUUCAUAAGGAAAAGUACUCGUUACUUCCAAAGCCAAACAAACAUUUCCUGCCAGAUCCUCCAUCUCAUAUCUUGGUUGAUUUCAAGUCUGUUUCUGGUUCUUCUGCUUAUCAACCUCCUGGGUUCUGUGGUAUGAUUGCGUACUUGUAUCUUCGUAACAACCGUAAGAGAUUGACAGAAGCAUUUGCAGUCCACACUAACUCUGUAGAAGAUUUGGUCCAUGUCGAAAAGAUUAGUGCCGCUCUUUUCAAGAACAUUCCUUCGAGUGAAAUUGAAAACGGUAGAGUUUACUUGGUAGCCGUCUUGACUGAAGAAGUUGAACUUAAUGUCAAGGAAGGUAGUGUUCCUAUUGUCCGUAGAGUCAAGAAGGGUGUUGCUGCCGGUGUUGCUGAUAUUACUAGAAUCUUCUCCAGUAACCAAGGUUCUUUACAAGCUGGUGAAUCUCACCACUUUACCAUUAAGUUGUUUGGUUCUUACAUGAACCAAAAGAAGGGUCCUUCUAAGAUGAUCCAGGAAGAAGCCGAUGGCAGUGUCAACAACGGUUGGGGUGAAACUGUCGACAGAAUUAUCGCUGGCUCCAACCAUGGUAUUGCAGUUAACCCUAGAGCUGAAAAGUUAGUUAUUUCUGUUAAGGAAUUCAAGCAUCAAUUCACUGCUGGUGGUGCCAACCCAGUUGGUACUUCUACUCCUAUUGCUAGAAUUAAGCCAAUUUUCUUCGAUCCAAUCGCUGAAAAUUAUGAACGUAUCUAUUUGAGAAUGGGUAAGGUAAGUUUGCUUAAUAGCAUUACCAAGGACGAUUUGAUCACUUUCGAAGUCAGUACUCCAAAUAACGAUAUGAUUACUUUUGCCAAGGCUACCAAUCAACAAGAAAAGCGCAACUGGCAAUUUGUAUCUGUUUUCCCAGAUGAAUCUGUUGGUGAAAUUAUCAAGGUUAAUGGUGUUUCGUUGAAGAACCCAAACAAGAAGCUUCCAAAGGAAGAUCACAUUGUUCUCUCUUUAUACCUCAAUGGUAUUCUUGCUGGUGAAGGUAAGUUGUUGUAUAAGUCUGGUAACAGAUUGGUUGAAUUCAACAAGAAGAAGAGUCAUAUAAUUGAAAUUCUGUCAACUUCUCACAAGUUACCAAUUGCUCAAGUUGAAGUUUCUACGGAAUAUGUUGGUAAGAUUUACAAUUCUGACUUGUCUAUCGACAAUGUUUUCCAAUACGAACGUUUCUUUAAGGCUGGUCAAAAGGGAAUCGAUGAGUUGUCUGCCUCUUUGGUUGCUUUUACCAAGUUGGAUAUUUCUCAAUUAGUCAAGUAUUUCCCUGAAUUAUUGUCUUCUUUGUAUAAUAUUGCUGACACUGCAUUGACUCAACCUAGAACUCCUAGUACGGAGAUUUUACAAGACAAUGUUUUCAAAGCUAUUGUACAUUUACUUGAUACCGUGUUUGGUAAACAAGACCAAUACUUGUAUUUGGUCGAAACAUUUACUACGCGUUACACCAAUUUACCACCAAUUGGAAUCUUCAUUUUGGAAAAGAUUUCAGAAAUCUUUGACAGAGCUGAGUCGAAUUGGAAUGCUAUGUCUAGAUCUUUGUGUAGGGUGAUUUCAUUACUUAUGAAGCUCGCUAUCAGCUCCAUGAGCGGCAUUUCCGACUCUGGCCCUUACUUGGAAGCUUUGAAUACUUUGUGCAGAAGUGCUUCCCACUUCCUUUCUAUUCAAUCUAACACCUUGAUCAGUGAUCAAGUAUUGAUUUUGGAUAUUAUUGAUUACGUCUUAUCUUUUAGAAUGUACUUGGAUGAAACCAGAAUCUUGAAUUUUGUUGUUAACUUUAUCGAUUCUAUCGGCAAUAGAGGUUUGGGUGCAAAUGAAGAUGUUUCAGGUACCAAGAAGAACUUCAAGGAUCAUAAGAUCAUUAUUUGCAAAUUGUUGUUAAUUCAUCGUUUAUUCAACUCUCAAAUUACCGAGAACCCUGAAUGCCGCCAAGUCUUGGUAGCAAAAGCCAUGGAAUGGUCUAUGGAUGUGUUAUUGGGUCCAACUGAUAUUGAUGCAUCUAGAUUGGCAUGUACAGUUAUUAACGCAGUUUGUACUCUCUUAUGGAAGACUAUCUUUGUUGGAGGACACAAGGAAGAAAUUGAUAUGUGUUUCUCAUUGUCCAAGUUCUUACCUGCCAUUGCUAGAACCAUUAUCAAGUAUAAUAAGUUCACCAGAGGUAAUGAAUACUUCAAGCCCAAGAGAACUUUCUGCCAAUUGUUCCCUAGUGAAUAUCCAUUUGCAGAAGUUUCAAUGGAUCCUGUUGUUAACGAUGAAGUGGUGGUUGAAAUUUUGAUUGAAUUAUCCACUGUUUUCUGUUUUGUUGCCAAGAUUGGUAAGGAGACCGCUGGAAAUGAAGGUUAUAGUCUCAUUUUGGAAAAGGAAAUCCAAAAUGAUUUCUUUGUUCCUGCAAAAUAUUUGGCUGCUAACUUCCAAAACGAAGAUAUCAUUACUCUUAUCUCUGGUGUCAAGUUAAUCAGACAAGGUAAGUUUUUCCCAGAAGAUAAAUGGCUUUCAUUGUAUUCCAUGAUUGCCGAAGGUUGUUUGGUAUCCAUGGAAUUGGUUAGACCAUUAUUGAUGGCUCACUAUAUUCCACCAUUUGAAAACUCUGAAUUAUUUGAUAGAGUCAUUUGGGGUAACUACUUGAAGACUUUAAUCAAGUUGGGAACUUUACCACCAGUUUCUAUUGAACAUUUAUCAGACAUUCCUAGAAAGGCUUGUUUCCAAAUCACCAGUGACAUGCGUGAUAGAAUCGCAUUCUUGGUCAACGAAGCUUGGGAUGGCCUUGCUUGGGAUGCCGUCGAUGAGGAUAUUCUUAGAUUUAAUUUGAACAAGUUUGGUGGUUACCAAGUUGAAUUUAUUAGUAAUGACUAUGGUAUUUUGCAAGAUUUGAUGCUUCUUGCCUUGCAAAAGAAUGCUGAAUGUCAAUCUGUCAGUGUCAAGAUCUUAUGGUCGAUCAUGGUUUCUGAAUAUGUUAUCAGUGAUAGUAUUAUUGACGUUGAAAGAGAAUGUCUUGUUGGUUUGAAUGACAUCUACAAUAGAAAUGCUUAUAAGCCAAGUCUUAAGGAACAACAAUCAUUGGUUGAAAGAUUGAAGGUUACAAUUCGUUUGGAUCGUGAAGAUGAAGCUUUCGCCAUGAUUUACAACUUUAUUGAAAGUUUGGCAGGUUUCUUGGAUGUUUUGAACGAUUUGAAUGUUGUUCCAGUAGGACCAGAAUUCGAUGACGACAGAACAUUCCAUAAGUUGAACAUUAAGGCUUACUUGAAGAAUGCCAAUAAGCCUGAAUUAUUCCAUUCUUUCAUUAGUAGUAUGUAUGAAGAGAACUUGAGUAAGAAUGAUUUCAUUCAAGCUGCUUUGAGUUUGGAAUUGUUGGCUUCUACCUAUUCUUGGGACCAUCAUGAAAUCUUGCCAUCUUCCUUCAGACCAAAAUUCCCAGAACAAACUUCUUUCGAAAGAAAGGAGACUUUGUACAAGAUGAUUGCAAACAACUAUGUUAAGGGAAACAGUUUAGAAAGGGCCACAGAUACCUAUAACGAAUUAUUGGACUCUUAUAGUAAGCACACUUAUGACUUGAAGAGUUUUGCAUAUGUCCAUAAUAAGUUGGCCAAAUUGUACUUAGACUUGGAAUCUUCCGAUAAGUUGAGUCCUUCAUUCUUUAGAGUUGCUUUUAUUGGUGCUGGUUUCCCAGCCAACAUCAGAGGAAAGGAACAAAUUUACGAAGGUUUACCAUUUGAACACAUCACUUCAAUUCAUGAAAGAUUGUUAAGAUUGUACCCUGGUGCAAGAAUUGUUUCUGAUGAUCAAGAAGCUCUCCAAUUGAAGGAACGUGUCCAAACCGGUAGAUACUUACAUGUUAGUACCGUUGAACCAGUUGCUGAAAUCUCAGACAAAUUAUUCAAUACUUCUAUCGGUGUUAGACAAUACGCCCGUAACAAGGAUUUGAGAUUCUUUACUACCAUGAAGAAGAUUCCUGGUGCUACAUCUGUAUUUGAUUUGUGGACUGAAGAAACCACAUAUGAAACCCAAUUAUCAUUCCCAACCUUGAUGAACAGAAGUGACAUUAAGACCACCAAAACUAUUAAGUUAUCUCCAUUAGAUAAUGCCAUCAGAACUAUUGUCAACAAGAACAAUGACUUGAUCCAGUUAGAGAGCAUGAUCAACAUUGCUUUCAAGGAAAAAACAGACUUUAUCUCAUUGUUCAAUGAUUUAUCAAGACAAUUGGCUGGUACUGUCGAUUCUCCAGUCAAUGGUGGUGUUGGUCAAUACCGUACAUUCUUCACUGAUUCCAAGUACUUUGGUAAGGAAGAAUAUGCUGAUAACAUUAGAUUCUUGAAGAAUGCUUUCAAUGAUUUGGCAAUUAUCUUGAACCGUUGUUUACACUUACAUGGUAAAUUAGUUGCUCCUCUGAUGAAGAUGUCUCACGAUGCUUUGGUUGAACUUUACAAGAAGAAUUUCCAAGAAGAUAUUGAAAGCUUGAAGAUUUCUACUGAUUAUGAACACACUGCUUACAAUCACAGUACUACACACUACACUCCAAGUCAAGUCCCAGUGAGUGAUAAGAGAUCUGUUUCAGGCCUCUCAUCCACCAUCAAUGGCUCUCGUUUGACUCGUACUACCAGUAGAAGUUCUUCUACUUCCAGUAACUCUGGACUUUCAGGACUCUCUUCUGAUAAGAAUUUGUCUAUGACUAAUGCCAGUGAUGUCAGUAGUAAGUACAAGCGUACUGCUAUUAACUGGAGAAACAUGGUUAACCGUACUUAAGUAAAUAAAAAGUAAGAAAGAGAGAAAGGAUAUUUAUGUUUACAUUCAAAAAUAAACGUUUUUUAAAAUUUUA